CUUCACAUUAAUCCCAACUUCACCUCACUUCUACAGGGCGCGUGUUUCCAAGGCGGCAGCCCUCAAUUAAUGAGGACGACAUCUGUUUGAAUCCCUCAAACUCAUGGACCGCCGAACAUCUUACUACCUGUCCCGUCAUUGAUACAAGAGUUUGCCGCGCGUCGCUGCGUGACACUUGUCAACAUGGACGCCACCACCAUCCUCGACGAGACGCCAGCGCAGCGCGCUAUGCCGACCUAUUCGUUCUGGGCGGCUUCAGCUGGGCUUUUAAUUCUGCCGUCUUGGUUUUGGCUCUUCAAAAGACCUGAGAACUCGUUUUCGCGGUGCGCCGGCCUCUUGCCGUUAUUCCUCGCCGGCGCGUGUUUCUCGUGGCUGUGCAUUGUUUCGGCUGUCGUCCCAGAGCCGUACUUGGAUGAAGUUUUCCAUAUCCCCCAGGCGCAAAAGUACUGCGAGGGCAGGUUUCUUGAGUGGGAUGACAAGAUCACCACGCCCCCUGGACUAUAUCUCCUCUCACUUUUGGUCCCAGGUGUAGUCAAACCCGGCGCCUCUCCAUCCUCGUAUCUCUGCGACGCUCAGAGCCUGCGAGCCGCCAGCGCCAUCGCCCUGAUGAUCCUGGCUUACUUGGCCCUCCUGUGUCGCCAUGAGAUCGAGGCUCGCCUUCACGAGGCGCACUCGGCGACGAAGCUCCGGGUAUUCUCGCAGUACUCGCUCCACACUGCGGUCAACAUCGCCCUGUUCCCGGUGUUGUUCUUCUUCUCGGGUCUCUACUACACCGACGUGGCUUCGACUGCCAUGGUUCUGGGUGCGUACCUGCACCAUCUGCGCCGGCUUGGCCAGGACCGAAGCUCGUUCCGCUCCGAUUUUAUCACGAUCGUCUUGGGUGUCAUGACUCUGUGGUUCCGUCAGACGAAUGUGUUUUGGGUCGUCGUUUAUAUGGGCGGCGUGGAGGCCGUUCACGCCAUCAAGACCUUGAGGCCAGAACCGGUUGACCAACCGGUAAUGACGACCCUCACGGAGCAGUUGAAGUACUUCGCUUGGAGGUACUCCCUUGGAGAUAUCCACGAUCCGCCUCUGCACAUGAUUUGGCCGGAUGACAUGGUCUUUUGCGUCCUCAGCCUCGGCAUCGCGGCGUUGUGCAACCCCAUCCACGUCAUCAGGCAAAUAUGGCCCUACAUUGCGGUCAUCGCGUCAUUUGGAUCCUUCGUUGUUUGGAAUGGUGGUGUUGUCCUUGGGGACAAAUCCAACCACGUUGCCACGAUCCAUCUUCCACAGAUGCUCUACAUCUGGCCGUUCUUCGGAUUCUUCUCUCUGCCGCUCCUUCUGCCAUAUGUUCUCCCGCUUCUCAACAUCAGCAUUCGGGUCUUCAAGAUGGUCACCUCGAGCAAGCCGACAGCUCCACGGCCUGGCAGUUUAUCGAGAGGCGGUUCAUCGAGCAGCAUCAGAUCAAAAGAAAAAGGCACCGUGAGCAACUCGGACAGGAUAGCAACAGCGCCUCCCAGCAACGAUCCUCCUCCAGCUCUUUCCAAGCUCUUGGGGAUAUUGAACCGACUCUUUGACACCAAGAUACUUUGGCCGAUCUAUCUCCUUGCUACCGUCAUCCUCUCCGUCCUUAUCGUCAAAUACAACACAAUCAUCCACCCAUUCACCCUAGCAGACAACCGGCACUACAUGUUCUACGUCUUCCGGUACACCAUCCGCCGGGCCUCGUGGAUCCGGUACUUCCUCAUCAUCCCCUACACUCUGGCCCGCUGGAUGACGUGGGGCACCAUGGCCGGCUGCUCGCAGUGGCUCUACUUUUGCACCGACGACGCCUGUUCGGCGUACUACACGUCCCCUCGAAACGCUCCCUUCCUAAGCUAUCCAUUCUGGAUCAAUCGCGGGGGACCGUCCCGACAGACGGACGCCGAAUUCCCCGUUGCAGUUCCCGAGGUGUCGCAGGAGGUGGGCGCGGCACAGCUGAAGCAGCUGCAGGGAAUGCUCGACGAGGACCCCAUGCUGGCCUCGGUUGAGCCGGCGUCCACAUCCACCGGUCUUAUCUUCCUGCUCGCCACGAGCCUCUCGCUCAUUACCGCCCCACUGGUGGAGCCGCGGUACUUUAUCAUUCCGUGGGUGAUGUGGCGUCUGCUGGUUCCUGGAUGGCGACUGCACGAUCACGAGAACCCGAGCGAGGUGCUCGAUGGUAUCUCUUCAUAUACGAUUCUGGAAAGGAUGGUGCGGUUAUUUGAGAAUUACGACCUUCGUCUCGUCCUUGAGACGGCUUGGUUCAUCGCCGUCAAUGUAGUGACGGGGUACAUCUUCCUCUGCAAGCCAUACUUGUGGAGAGCGGAGGACGGGAGUCUACUCGACGAGGGUCGUCUGCAGCGAUUCAUGUGGUAGUUAGUUGUGCAAUAAGAAGUGCAAGGUGCACAUAAUGUGACAGAGAUAA